AUGGAAAUCAUGAGAGAUCAAUAUGAUUUCGAUGCGACAAAGACCAUGUACACGAAAAGAUUCCACGCUUGGGAAGUCAGGAAGAACAUGACCCAAGAGCAGAAACUGAGCACCUAUGCUCAUUACCGACACCAUGGUGGCGUCACUGACGACAAAGUUACCAUCAAAGGAAAACCCGCAUCCAUGUCCCGGAUUCUACGCCCAGUUCAACAAAAAGGCCAGAAAAUGACUAUGGUCGCCCAGGAAUUGCCAAAUGCCAUGGUAAAUGCUGCUUCUUGGGAUCUCCAGGGACCAGAUAUGUCUUCGACUUUUGAAAACCAAGUCCCUAGCCAGAAACAUGACCCUCACCAGACGAUCGCAGCUCGGACCAUCCAGGGCAUCGGUACUUUUCAAAAACAGAUAUUGCAGGAGAGUCCGGAGAGCAGCAUUGCCGAGCUGAUUCUACGCCACAUCAACUACUAUUACCGGCGGUACUCGGAUAACCCACGGGCGGUUUUUCAUCAUACCCAGAGCCUAGGACAAGUUUUCGGUGUCAUCGACGAGGGACUGAAUCUUCUUGUCGAUGGGGGAUCGGGCGCCUACACCAAGUUUCAUGAUGCUUGUGGCGGAGCUGCAGCGUUGUUCAGGCAUCAGCCUCUCCAGAUCACCGUACAAUUCAGUGCAUGCUUCUCUCUGCACAAAUGGUCCUCCUACCCAGAAUUUCGAGGGGCACUUAUGCGCUACCUCACAGGAAUGGCUAACGAAGUCCUUGGACCCGAUCAUUAUCUGCCCAAGAUACUUAAGCUUAUGCUCCGUGAGCACACAUCUGUGAGCCUCGGCUCUCAAGUCGUCCGCCUUACUGCGGAUACUACACUCUCGAGAUUCCGAAACUCGAGCACCGACUUGUUGGACUGCAUGUCGUAUUUAAGUUUGCUCGUCAGCAGAAUGCACCGCGAUACGGGCGAAGAAUCGACUCUCCUAAGUAAGUUAAGCCAGGAUGUACUCAUCACGAAUCUUCUUGACGGAGCCGCCACCAGGGAUGAAUUCUUGGUGUACAAACUUGGCAACCUGAGACUUUCGCAGAAUCGCCUUGAUGAAGCCGAGGAGUUAUUGACCGAGGCGAUAACACUCGCCGGUGAGAGCCCAGACGCCGGUGGAGCGAGUACCUCCAAGCUCCGCAUGUUGGCAUUCAACGGCAUGGGGGUUCUCUUCGGGAGAAGAGGAGAUCUGACCAGACGGACCGAGCACUACCGAUUGCCGCUGGAAUGGAGCACUAAUGUUGUCCCAAAGGAAGCCUUGAGCAAAGGGGAUCAGCCUCGACGCGUGCAGUGGUUAGAAGACGUGGUGAGAUAUCAUACUUCGACGGGACACGUGCUGGAGGUGCAAAGUCUACGCGAGCAAUAUCACGAUCUCUGGCCUGAGCUUGGUCGAAUCAAGUACGGAAGGCUGGGCCGGUCGGGUGCUGGUGUCGGUGCCCGAACUUGGCAAUAUCUCUCACGAUGA